AUGACGCACCACAGUCAGCAAAGAAAUAUUUCUAUUUCUCUGUUUCUCCUGGUUAUCAUUCUGUACUCAUUCGUCUGGCACAGCCACUUCGAUGUCGAUGCAGUGUUUCCAAGGGGUGAUUCUCCCUUCGAUACAUCGUUGAACGUCACUGCCGCCGUAAAGCCGCAUAGCCCAGAUGCCACAGCUAACAAUGAGUCUCUGCGCUACAUCCCACACAGCACCAUACAGACAUGGAGGGAGCGUGACUACCUCAUUGUGUUUGGCAUCCCAUCUGUGGACAUUGAGGCGAGGCGGAGACGCCGUGAUCUGCAGCGGACCACGUGCUGGCAGUUCCCCGGUGUUGCACGGAGGGCGAAUAACUUCACUGGGGCCAUGUUGGUG